AUGGCUCUCAGUGUUAGGGACUUUUUACAUGUUCAACUCUUUCUUGAUAUUCCGAAACCUACGGCUUCAUUUUCAGGCAAGACAAUCAUCAUAACUGGCGCCAACUCUGGGCUUGGUAAAGAAGCCGCUAAGCAUAUCGUUGCUUUGAGCGCAAGCAAGGUUAUCUUGGCUUGUCGAAGCGUAUCGAGUGGAAAGGCUGCGAAGCUUGAGAUAGAAACAGCUUUGAAAUGUCGCACAGAUGUGUUGGAAGUGUGGGAACUUGAUCUUGAAUCAGACAUCUCAGUCAAAGCCUUCGCCAACAGAGUCAACCAUCUCCCCCAAUUAGACGUCCUAAUCAACAACGCAGGCAUAUCAGCCGAGAAAUUCUCACUCGUCUACGGAACCGAGAGAACACUUGGAGUCAACGUCAUUGGAACUUUCCUUCUCUCCCUCCUCGUCCUCCCUAAACUCCGCGAAACUGCGAAGAAGUUCAACACCACACCACACAUGACAUUCGUCGGCUCAGCUAUGCAUUCCACUGCCAACUAUCCCAAAAAAUUUGAUGGCGAUUUCUUCACAUGGUCGUGUGAAAAGGAGAAUGUGAAUUUGAAUAAUCAAUACGCACUCUCUAAAUACAUCCAACUCCUCCUCGUCAAUAAACUCGCCUCUCACAUCGACCCUCUCCCCUCAACCACCUCCAAAGAGUCCAACAAAAUCAUCAUCAACUCCCUCGACCCCUGUUUCUGCGGCACCACCGGCCUCUUCCGCGAUGUCUCGGGUGGGAAGCGGAUCUUUCUUAAGAUUUUUAAUUUGUUUUCUCGGACCCCUGAGAAAGGAUCGAGGUUGAUUGUUGGUGCUGCGGCGGCGGGGAGAGAGACACAUGGGGGAUGGUUGAGGGCGGGCGAGGUGAGGGAGACGGUUGAGAUGGUUAGGGGGGUUGAGGGGGUGGAGAGGGGGGAGAGGGUUUGGAGGGAUUUGGUGGGGAGGGUGGAGGGGUUGGGGGUUGGUGUUGGGGGUUUGGUGGAGGGUUAG